UGAUGAUUGCUGUCGAAGAUAUACAUGACCCCUUUCUUUACACAGACGAGAAUGAUGAAAAAAUCGUCAGUGCUCUAAUAAAAGCUGGCGCAGAUGUCAAUGCAAAAGACAAACACCAAAGUUCACCAUUGAUGAUUGCUGCCACAAAUAACAAGGAAAAAAUCGCAGAAAGACUUAUUGAUGCUGGAGCAGACGUGAAUCAUGCCGAUAGCAAUGGCGAAACUGCACUGAUUUAUGCUAUAAGUAAUAGCAAUUACCAAAUUGCCAAUGCUCUAAUAAAAGCUGGCGCAGAUGUCAAUGCAAAAGACAAACACCAAGGAUCACCAUUGGUGAUUGCUGCCACAAAUAACAAGGAAAAAUUCGCAGAAAGGCUUAUUGAUGCUGGUGCAGACGUGAAUCAUGCCGAUAGCAAUGGCAAAACUGCACUGAUUUAUGCUAUGAGUAAUAGCAAUUACCAAAUUGCCAAUGCUCUAAUAAAAGCUUGCGCAGAUGUCAAUGCAAUAGACAAACACCAAAGAUCGCCAUUGAUGAUUGCUGCCACAAAUAACAAGGAAAAAAUCGCAGAAAUGCUUAUUGAUGCUGGUGCAGACGUGAAUCAUGCCGAUAGUAAUGGAGAAACUGCANUUUCAGCAUCUAUUACAAUCACUGGUGUUGUAAAGCAAGUGACUGCUGCUGGGACAGUCUUGAGAUUCAAACACUUGAAGAUUUAG